AUGCUCAACUGGUGGCUCAUUGUCCUGAUCAUCCUGGUGGCGCUCGUCUGCGUCGGCCUCACCAUCUACACGUUCAUCUACUUUCAGUCGGAGGAGGACUCGAAGUGGGACUGUGUGCCGAAGGCCGUCGCCGGUGUCGGGCUCAUUCUGGCUAUGGGCAGCAUCCUGCUCGUCCCGUACGAUGUCGCAAACUCGCCAGACCCCACCGUCGCUCACAAGUACGCCCAAACACUCAAUACGCAGCUGAUGUGGGAAAUUGUGCUGUGGAUGAUGGCUGCCAUGGCGGUUGUGGUGUGCCCCUUCUUCAUGUUCUUCUACGAGGCGUAUGACCCAGAUAAGCCGAGCUUCGGCACACAGGUCGCACACGGCGUCAUCUCCACCGUUAUCAUCGCCGCCCUGUUCAUCCUUAUUGUGAGCCUCUGCUACAACUUUCAGGGCGUCGCAGACAUUGCAUUCCAGGCCUACAAUGGCACCCCACAAAUGACCUUGCCGGAGAGCUCUGCCAUCAGCUACGUGAGCGACUCGAUGAGGUCGACCGUCACCGUCCCCGUGAGCAUCUACACCUACUGCAUUGGCAUGCUCUGCUUCUUUGGGUGGAUCUUCUUCUUUUUCUACGGCGGAGCCGGCAUCGUUGCCUACCCCAUGAGCCUCAUCCAGGGCUUCAAGUCGCGCCCCAAGGCCAUUAGCGCGAGCAAGUUCGCAGAGGAGAUGGCCGUCAUUCUGGCCAAGGCGGACGCCAUGCUGGAGCUGUGCAUGGGGCUGCAGCAAGAAAGCCGCGGCAGCAUCUCGCGCUCCACGAAGAACAAGAUCAAUAUCCUGCGCAACGAGGUGUACUUUCUGGAGGCACAACAGGCGCAGCUCAUUUGGGCAUACACGAAAGCCGGUGGCUCGCCCUUCAUUGUGUAUGGCAAGCUGGCGCUAGGGGUCGUGUGCAUCGUCACGGCGGUCAUGUGGUGCCUGCAGAUUUUCGUCUACAACACCUUCGACGCGGACCCGUUUCUCAACACGCUGCUGCUACGCCUCAACGACGCCUUCGCGUUGUGCGGCGUCUGCGCCUACGGGGUCCUUGCCUUCUACCUCACGUGGUCGACGUUCCAGGGGCAGAUUGCGCUGGGGCUGCGCCUUGUCUUCUUCCAGAUACACCCAAUGAAGAAGCAUGACACGCUCGUGAACGCCUUCCUGUUCAAUGUGAGCCUUCUCCUGAUCACCUCCUACGCCGUAAUCUACUUUGUUGUUCACUCCUUCCAGGACUAUGCCACUAUGACCGCCAUCAACGGUCUGAUGAACGUCUUCGUGACGCGUCUGCGCGGCAUCGGCGUGGCUAUUAGGUGGGCGGAGUUCUGCUUUUUGGGCAUGUCGUUGCUGACGCUGAUAUGGAUGGCGGCGUGCCCCAAGAGGAAGAGCCGCGAUCCGACCAAGCUACGGCUGGAUGAUUUGAGCUAA